UGCUUUUUUUUCCGGGACAGGAGACAAGAGGGUCCGAGACACCUGUCAAGAGGACUAUACAUCCAAAAAGCUACAUGUGAGGCAUCUAGAAACUGCGUGAUAAGCCAUGGACGCACUGUUAUCGUUAUUAUAGCCUCUCAGUGGCCGAGGAGCGUAAAGUUAUUCCGCUGCUUUCUUGUUUCUCUUUGUGUCAUUCUGCCUCUAUUUUUUUUUCAAGCCGCAUGAGUUCACCGCUGUUUUUAGGUCAGCUCGUCGGGGUUCCGUUAGAAAUAAUGCACCCCACCAUGGAGAAAGACACAACUUACACCAAGAUUUUUGUCGGCGGGUUGCCUUAUCACACCAACGAUGCUUCACUUCGGAAAUAUUUCGAGACUUUCGGGGACAUCGACGAGGCGGUGGUGAUCACGGACAAGCAGACGGGAAAAUCCAGAGGAUACGGCUUCGUGACCAUGGUGGACAGGGGGGCAGCGGAGCGGGCGUGCAAAGAUGCAAACCCCAUCAUCGAUGGCAGGAAGGCCAACGUGAACCUGGCAUACCUGGGAGCAAAGCCUCGCAGCUCGCAGACAAGUCUCUCUGUCGGAGUUCAGCAAGUCCAUCCUACGUGGGCUCAGAGGCAAUAUGGGCUGGCCCAGCAGUACGUCUACCCUCAGGCGUUCCUCCAGCCCAGCCUGGUGCUGCAGUCCCAGCUCAGCCCCACAGCAGCAGCGCUUGCCUCCCCUUACCUGGACUACAGCUCCGCCUACACCCACUACGCCCCUACAGGACUGGAGCAGUACCCCUACACCCCCUCACCGUCACCCUCUGCUGGCUACCUCGGCUAUAGCUUCUCCCCCGGCACGCCGGCACCCACUCUCACUGCAUCCGCGACGCCUCCGGCUGCCAUCCAUCCUCCUCUGGCUGCACUCACCGCUGUGUCUGCCGCCCCACAGGCCUUCCUCCACUACCCUCUGCACCAGCCUGACCGCAUGCAGUGAGCAGCUCUGAGUGGAGCUGAAGCUGCUGAAAUGACGAUUCAAAACUGUUUGGCUGUGGAGCUGUGGCAUCAUCAGGAUGAGACUGGAUAACCAGGAAGAGGGUGUGAUUUAAUCAAAAGGGCUUUUAGAAAGCACUCUCAUUCCUGUUUUUUUAUAUAUAUUAUUGUUGUAAUAAAUGUUUUAUUGCUAUUGUCAUCAGCAUACGAUCUGAAUGUUUUUCAUAAAUGGGAGAAGUCAGGGACUAGAAUGAGAUGACUGGUAAUCUUCUGGACUUUUGCCUCUUACCGUUGACCCUCAGUGCAGAGGUUGGAGGCAGUUUGAGUGCUGGCGAGUGCAUCGGCAAAGACUAUAAAAAAUAUGUCUGUUUGACAUGAUGCUGCAGCUGCAGUUUCUCCAAAGGUACUGAGCUGAAUUCUGGACAUUAGCCAAGCUGGGAGCCAGUUCCUCUUUCAGAAACGCAGGUCCAAUUACCUCCUCGUCAAGGUUAUGUUUCUGUCUAUGGCCUUAGAGAUCUCUCUCUCCGUACCUGGUUCAAUUUGUCAUUUUUAUUUGUCUCUCAUCUCAAAUGAACAAAAUGGUUAUUGUACUCCCUUUUGUUCCUUUGUCUACCGCUGGCAAGUUAUUACAUGGUGAUAAUCACAGUUUAACAGAAUAUGCAAUUAUGAUGAUGAAAUAUAAGCAUGAAUAAGGUCGACAACACUGGUAUAUUGUUUUUAUAUUGCUACUGAGAGAGAAUUUGUUAACACUUACAACAUAAUAGUCAUCACAUGACAUUCCUGCAGUCGCUUAUUAGGAUAUAUGUGACCUGUAACUUUUGGAGCAAAGGAGUCUGGAUUUGGUUUUAUGAUACUUAAAUUACAUAGCUGUCAAUACAUAUCAAGUAAAUGUGUUUGGAUGUAGGUGUCAAGAAGUAUAUGUUGUUGCUGAAUGUGUGUGAGUGUAUUUGGUGUCUGUUUUUGUGUGUAUGUGAAUGACAGAGAAAUAGAGUGAUGCAGUAUAAACAAGUGUGAGGACCAAGCUCCUUCUCCAGCCCAUUGUACUGGUCAGAGUUGUUUCUUUGUUUUUUGUUUGCAGAAUACAGACAAAUGCGUUAGUGAUAGUACUGGAGUCUCUCAGUGCUUAGUAGUCAUGACCCAAGCCAUACAUCACAUUUAAAACAAAUAUGCAAAAUAAAAUGAAUAUUUCUAAAAAACGAAACAAAAAAAGA